CCUUAAUUCAUUUCCCGAAAGGUGGUUGACAUGUCUGCAUUGAAGUUAACUCUGGGCCUCCUGGCUCUGCUUGUGGUGGCAGCCUGGGCCGAGGAGGAGCUCUCCGUCUCUGAGCUGCUGGAGAAGGCCAACAGGAAUGUUGUGCAUACCCGCGACGAGCCCUUGAUCGUGGAUGACAUCGCCUACGGCUCUGAGGCUGAGAGGAACGCCGACCCCUGCACGUCUCGCGGCUGCAUGUGGCCCAAGUCCAGCGACGGCCGGGUCUACGUGCCCUACGUCAUCUCCAACCAGUACAGCUCCAGGGAGCAGCAAAUCAUUGAGCGUGCUCUGCAGUCUUUCGCAGGGUUCUCCUGCAUCAACCUUGUCAGACGCACCAACGAAAGAGAUUACCUACACAUCCAGUCCCAAAAUGGGUGCUGGUCCUACGUUGGUCGUCGUGGCUACGAACAGGUUGUGUCUCUGAGCCGUUCCGGCUGUGUGUACCACGGCACCACCCAGCACGAGGUCCUCCACGCCCUGGGCUUCAACCACGAGCAGACCCGCAGCGACCGUGACAACCACAUCCGCAUCGUCCUGGAGAACGUCAUCUCUGGCAUGGAGCACAACUUCGACAAGAUUGCCACCCUGAAUCAGGGCACUGCUUACGACUACAACUCUGUCAUGCAGUAUCACAGGUACGCCUUCUCCAAGAACAAUAAGCCCACCUUGGUCCCCAUCCCCGACCAGAAUGUGGAGAUCGGCAACGCCUCAGAGAUGAACCAGAGUGACAUUGUUCGUCUCAACAGGUUGUACAAGUGUUAAACAGACCCCUUGUGUUUUUGUCCUCUUCCUGGUGAGGUUGUCAGUGAUGCAGUGUUGAAACUAAGACAAAUAAAGUCAUUAAAAAACAA